ACGUCGAGCGAACGAGCGAUGCAGCAACGAAAACACUCAMAAAGGCAAAUCAAACCAUCUAAGAGGCAUAGAURAGAUAGAACAGAGCCACUGAGGUCUAUAGAAGAAUCGUAGGAGGCCCUUUGGUACCAGGAUCAAGAUGGGGAGACGUCUACCGCAGAUCGCACGGGAGAUGAUAGCGGAGUUCAUGUCUACAUUUAUUCUUCUGAUGUUUGGCAUUGGUUCUGUAGCGCAAGCAGUUCUCAGYAGACAGCAAAAUGGGACUUUCUUUUCCAUCAACUUUGGUUGGGGCGUUGGUGUCAUGAUGGGCUGUUACUGGGCUGGCGGCAUAUCAGGGGCGCACAUGAAUCCAGCGGUGACUUUGGCUAACGCUGUUGURGGGAGAAUUUCCUGGAAGAAAGUACCACUAUAUUCCAUCGCACAAUUACUUGGAGCCAUCGUAGCAUCAGCUGUAGUCUAUGGUGUUUAUUAUGAUGCUUUAAAUAACUUUGAUGGAGGUGUUCGCCAGAUCCUGGGCCCCARUGGUACAGCAGGAAUAUGGGCAACUUACACUCAGCCAUUCCUGUCCACCGCUAAUGGUUUUGCAGACCAGCUCGUAGGCACUGCUUUAUUGGUCAGCUGUGUGUUUGCUAUAGUCGAUAAGAACAACAAUGCCCCAGAUAAAGGCUCUGCACCAGUCCUUAUCGGACUUGUUGUCUUUGUGAUUGGUGCAACGUUUGGCUUCAACWGUGGAUAUGCUAUUAAUCCAGCUAGGGACCUGGGACCUAGAAUCUUUACAGCCAUGGCGGGCUGGGGAAAAGGAGUUUUCACAGAAACAAUUGGUCCUGGGUACCAGUUUUUGGAUGUCUAGUGGGAGGAGUGGUAGGGGCAGUUGUAUAUAUAUUUACCAUUGAAAUCCAUCACGUGAUUCAAGAAAAUACCGACGAGGUCGAAAUGGAUCGAGUGGUUACCAAUGCCAAUAACCAAGGCUUCGAUGCCGGAAGCAAGGAWGAUAUGGUUGGCAAGAAUGAYAGCUGUCAAUCAACCGCUCCAGGUUCCUCAACUACUAYGGACAAUAAAAAUAAUGCCGAUGCUAAUGGCACAACCAAGCUAUAAAUAAAAAUACCUUACAUAUAUAUCCAUUCUUUGGACCAAAACUUGUGACAGACCCGCAAUUAUGCAAUUUAAAGUGYAUAUGACGCCUUUUAGAAGAUCAUAAUUACUCGAAAUAGAGCAUGCCACUGAGCAUUGAUUUCUUUGAAAGAUUGAUUUCGAAUACUAUUUUGUGAGCCAUUAGGAUGCAACUAAAAAAAAAGUCUUGUAACUGAGGAGGUUUUACAAUAAAACGAAACUAGUUUUACAGACAAUACAAGCUGAUCGUGCGUCAAGACCGAAAAAGUCAAGCCUUAACAUACUUGAGGAAAUCAAGAUGAAAUUAAUAUCAAAGUCUUGCGAGGCCAAAAUACUAAAUAUAUCGAAGAAUUGCAACUAAAUUAAAUCUAAGGAAUUGGGCUGGAGUUCCCUCGUUGUUUGAGUUAACUUGUUUUGGUUGAAGUUGUCAAAUCCGAUCAAGACAGUGAUGUUUGAGAAAUAAAAUGUUAUUUCKAGUGUAACAAAAUGAAGAAUGUCCUCAUUUUCAAUUUUCAAAUCAGAAGAUAUAAAUUCGAAUUUUUAAAUAUCCAUCACAGAAUAGCUCAUUGGCAUAUCUCUUUCGGAUAAAAUGAUUUUCUAGARGACGUCCUCAUCCUCGUUACCAGGGCUUCCCUGUUUGCUUUUAUUUCAAAWUGGCGAACAGAAAAAGCCCCGACAUCGGCCGAUCACGUGACAGCUCAGCUGUGUGUUUUUAUAGAAUACCGCUGARGAAUAAUGCAGGGACAGUCAAAGUGAUGCAUUUCAACUACUUUAUUAUUCAUUACAAACACUGAAUAUCAUACCGGAACAUCUCGAGACAAAAGAUAAAGCGCUUAGGGUUAGUACAACCUGAACGUCMUCUUUCCGUCUUUGAAGGUUUCGUUUCCAACUUAAAAUUGUACAAAGCUUAUGUCAUCUGGUGUAUCCUAAUUGAUAAAUAAUAGAAUUGUUGUGCUUUG